AUCGAUUUGACUGGCCGCAAUGCGGUCAUUUUUGGUGUCGCCAACGACCGCAGUAUCGCGUGGGCCAUCGCCCGCACCCUCGCCGACGCCGGCGCCCGCAUCGCCCUGACCUACCAGAACGAGCGACUGCAGAGCCGCGCUGCCCGCCUCGCCGAGACCCUCGAAGACCCGGUCCUGCUCCAGUGCGACGCCUCGGACGACGACCAGAUCCAGGCCGUCUUCGACGCUAUCGGCGAUCGGAUGGGGUCCCUGUCCAUCCUCGUCCACAGCAUCGCUUUCGCCAGCCGUGAAGACCUGGCCGGUCGCCUCGCCGAUACCGGUCGCGAAGGUUUUCGCCUGGCCCUGGAAAUCAGCGCCUUCACCCUUUUGCCCAUGGUUCGCCACGCGGCGCCCCUGAUGGUCAACGGAGGCAGCGUCAUCGCCAUGACAUUCCAGGCCUCCAGCCGGGUUUACCCCGGCUACAACGUCAUGGGAACCGCCAAGGCCGCCCUCGAACACGAGGUUCGCCAACUGGCCUACGAAUUCGGGACCGAAAACAUCCGCGUCAACGCCAUAUCCGCCGGCCCCGUGGACACCCUUGCCGCCCGUGGCAUCAGCGGUUUCCUCGAUAUGCGCCGCGCCCACGCCGACAAGGCUCCCCUGGGACGCAACAUCACCGCCGACGAAGUCGCGCAGACCGCACUCUUCCUCUGCAGCGACCUAUCCAGCGGCGUCACCGGCACCGUGCUCCCCGUCGACGCCGGCUACCACAUCAUGGCCGUGUGA